CUCCGUAACAUGGAUAGCAGGAUUCAAACAGAUGCAGUUUAUAUGGAUUUAAAGGCUGCUUUUGAUAGCAUCGAUCACAACAUCCUUUUAGCCAAGAUGAACAAGUUGGGACUUGGGCGAAAUUUAAUAUGCUGGUUAGAAUCGUACCUUGUCAAUCGAUCGUAUGCUGUAUCUUUCUCACGGUGCCAUUCAAGGUCUUUCAUUGCAUCAUCUGGUGUGCCACAAGGUAGCAACCUGGGUCCGCUACUGUUCGUACUGUUCAUCAACGACCUAUCGUAUGUAGUACCAGCAGCGAAUCAUUUAAUGUAUGCAGAUGACAUUAAAAUCUACAUGACGAUAAAAAAUGACACAGACCACUCCGAGCUACAACAAUACCUUCUCGAUUUUCACCGAUGGUGCAAUCGAAACCGCCUGAGCCUCUGCAUUGAAAAAUGCCGAGUCAUUUCAUUCACACGCGCACGAGAAAUUAAGAAUACCAGAUACACAGUUAACGGUUUACCAAUAGAACGCACUAAUACUAUGAAGGAUCUCGGAGUCAUACUUGAUUCAAAGCUGUCAUUUGACCAGCAAACAGAGGAGGUGAUUACCCGAGGUAAUCAAUUGCUUGGCAUGUUGUUUCGGAUAACAAGAGAUUUCAAAGACCCAGUCUGCAUCAAAGCGUUAUACUGUGGUAUUAUCCGCCCGGUACUCGAAUACGCCUGUGUCGUCUGGAAGCCCUCAACCCAAAGACUUUCUGAGAGAAUGGAAUCGAUACAGCGUCGCUUAUCCCGAUACGCAACACGCUUGUUACCUUGGCCACCUGGCAGUCAGUUACCACCUUAUGAAUCGCGACUUCUGCUCCUCGGACUGCAACCGCUCCACAUCCGACGCCGUACCGCACAACAACUAUUUGUGGCUGGUUUACUGCAAAGUAACAUCGACUGUCCUUCCCUACUCCAGCAGUUAAACUUUUACGCGCCUGCUGUUCAGCUUCGCUCUCGUCCGUUACUUGCCCUGAACCGUAGUCGAACUGGAUAUGGAUCUAGAGACCCCCUCAACUCCAUGAUUAGGGUGUUUAACGAAGUUCGUCAUUUUGGAACCUCAGUGCAAUCCUUUAAAAACUGCCUUAGAAGCGAAUUAUUAAGAUGAUCUUACUACUUAUUUUAAUCUAAUAUUAGACUUAAGAACAUUCACACGGAUCCAUUGUUAUCCAUUGAACGAGUAAUAAACAAAUUAAACAAAUCCCAUGCUGAUCCAAAUAUAGCUACUGAUUUUAUCAUUUUGAGGAAAGUUCUAGGAACUAUUCCGGAUAUAAAUUCAGAAAGAUACUUGGACCUGGUUCAGGAACGGAUGCAUUACCAGUUCAACAAACUAUACCCGGCAGUUAAUGUGCAACGUAGGAAUUAGCGUAGGAAUUAGCGUAGGAAAUAGCGUAUUAAAUAGCUUAGGAAAUUUAGUAGAAUUUGUAUACAGUCAUUAUCCGAUAUACGCUAUCGUACGGGACCGAGCGCAAUAGCGUAUCUCGAGUUUUCGCGUAUAGCGGAUUCCUAUGGAAAAAUAGUUUACACUACCGGUUCGAGGGUUGAAAAAUAUCGCCACAGAGUUUUGCAUUAAAGUUUUUUGUUAUAAAAUAGGUAUCUUUUGCACAAAUUUAAUGCAAAAUGCAUUAAGAACAUUAAGGAAAUUCAAAAAGAGCAUAAAAUAUUUCAAAAAAUUAAAAUAUUUGCAAAAAACAUAUGGAGCUGUCAAAUUUAGAGGAAUCGCGUACUGCGAAUUCGCGUAUAUCGAGUAUCGCGUACUGCGGAUAAUUGCUGUAGUGAUAAACGAAACAACAAAGACAAACAUAUUCUUUACCAAUUUGUUUGUGUGUAAAAAGGUUAAGCGUUUUUGAAAGUGUGUGAAGCGUUUUUUCUCGAAAUGUCAUUUUUCGGUAUGUGUAUACGCGAGCUAUCAACCGAAACGAAAGUUAUCAAAAUAAACAUGACAUGAUUUCGCAGUACCCAAAUCAAAACCUACGCAAUGUUGCCUCUUCGAAGAACCUCUCUAUUGAUACACAGACUUCCGCUUGCGCGUUUUUCCAGCAAUGCAAGGGAAAAUGUUACCCAAAGCGCAACGCAACACGAUUCGGAUACACACUUUGGUUUUCAAACGGUAAAAGAGAGCGACAAAUGGAAAAAGGUUCACAAAGUGUUCGAGGAGGUCGCGGCAUCCUAUGAUUUGAUGAAUGACGCUAUGUCGAUGGGAAUUCAUCGUGUAUGGAAAGAUAUUUUCAUGGAACGAUUAUCGCCGGUGGGAAAUGGAAUACGACUGCUGGACAUGGCUGGUGGCACUGGCGAUAUAGCGUUCCGAUACAUGAAAUAUCUGCAAAAGCAGACUACACCAGAUCGAAAGCCUAGUCAUGUUACUGUUUGUGAUAUCAAUCAAAAUAUGCUAGAUGUGGGUCAACAACGAUGGGAAAAAUUGAACUUACCUACAGCCGGUGACACAAUUGAAUGGGUGUGUGCCGAUGCCGAAAAACUGCCCUUCGAGGAUUCAUCAUUCAGCGUGUACACGAUCGCAUUUGGGAUUAGAAAUUGCACGCAUAUUGACAAAGUACUUUCGGAAGCUCACCGCGUGCUGAAACCGGGAGGACGUUUUAUGUGCCUAGAAUUCAGUCAUGUGAACAAUGAAUAUCUUAAAUGGGUUUACGAUCAGUAUUCCUUCCAAGUGAUUCCACCGAUGGGACAAAUACUAGCUAAUCAGUGGCAGCCGUACCAGUACUUGGUAGAGAGCAUCCGAAAGUUUCCGCAGCAAAAUGAAUUUAAAGCAAUGAUUCAGAACGCUGGCUUCAAAUGUGUUGAAUAUGAAAAUUUAACCUUUGGUGUCGUUGCGAUACACUCCGGAUUUAAGUUGUAAGAUGGACAAGAUGGAUUUACUUUGAUGUAGCAACCGUUGUCGGUCAAGCCUGCCUGUACCACUAAUGGGUUUGACUAUUAGUGACGCAUUGAAUACGGAUAGCAGGAUAAUCAGUUCUACAUUUGGGGGCACAGUCCAAUCGAGGCUUCAAUCCAUGAUGGGCAUGCAGAAUGGAUAUAACGAAGGAAAAUAAACAGCACUAAACUAGAUCACAAA